AUGGAUUCUUCUCACGUCAUGAGACAACACUUUCUCUCGUUGAAAAGACAGUAUAGGAAUAGUAUCAAAGCUGCCAAGUCAUCUAAAGUGCUUGAUAUUAUAAAUAAGUCUGCUAAUAAAACCAAGACUGUCUGGGAGAUAGUAAAUGAAAAUAGAGGCUUGAGGAAACCAUCUUCUCAUAUUUUCAACAUCAAGGAUGAGAGUGUAAUCGAUAGGGUUGUGAAUGCAUUAGACAAAGGAGCAUCGGCCUCUGGAGUCUUCUUUGAUCUGCGGAAAGCUUUUGAUAUGGUAUCUCAUGAUUUAUUGCUAGAAAAGCUUGACAACAUUGGAGUACGAGGAGUAACGAAUUCAUGGUUGUCUUCUUAUCUCAGGGGACGAAGAUUCAAGGCAGAGUCAGAAGAAGCCAUGAGAUAUCGCAUGUCGGACACGUUAGAUGACAAUACUACCCCAGAUCAACAGAACAAGUGA